AUGACGAACAUUACUAUACGCGAAUUGAAACCAGAAGACCUCGAUGAGUAUUUUCAAUAUCUCAUUGAGAACUUCCACGGUCAUGAACCACUUUUGCUGACACCCGGAGAUCAUAACUUCGAACCGGAUACGCCGGAGAGACGUGCAUCUCGUUUAGCGGUAAUAAAACAAGGUCUCUCGUUAGUUGCCGUGGACGAUGGAGGUCGCAUUGUAGCCUCAGCUUACUCUGAAGCCAAGGUUCCAGAUGACUUCGAGAAAACUUGGAGAGAAGUCAAUGAGAACAAGCCUACGGCGUUCAUUGAUCACGUGUACUUCUUUCUUGCCGGCAUUGAAAAACGUUCGAAAUUAUUUGAACGUUUCGAAGUAUCGAAUGUUCUCUACCUCAACAUUCUUAGUGUGGGAAAAACUGUACGCCAACAAGGAUUAGGACGUCGUCUUGUGUCUGCUGUAAUCGAACUGGCUCGCUCCAAAGGAUUUCCCCUGAUUGCAGUCUCCUGCACGAGUUUGUAUUCGACUCGCAUCAUGUCAGCUCUGGGCAUGACCUCUAUUCACUCUGAGAACUAUUCGGAGUACAAGGACGAGGAUGGCAACGUGGUAAUAAAGCCACCAGAACCACACACAUCCGUCAAUAUCAUGGCAAUGAAAUUGUAGGGUAUUCUUAAGCUGCUGUAUUCGGUAAAGUUGUGAAAUAAACGUGAGAUAAUUUCCAUUAGCUUAUCU